AUGGCAAAAGAUGACAAACUUGAAGAAGAAGCAAAACUAUUUUUAUAUUUUGUUUACAAGAUCAAGAAUCUUCCUGUAGAACAGUGUGAAAAUAUAUUUGAGUCUGAUGGGAUACAAUACAUUAAAAUUAAAAAGAGGAUAAAAUACUGUAUCAAUGUAUCUAUUGCGGUACCUCGUACGUAUAUAAGAAGGGAUUAA